GUAGUAUACAGGACUAAAUACUGGUUAGAUGGACCUGAUCACCCUCACAAACAGAGGAGGAGGAUUUUGCACCAUCUUAUCCCAGUAGCUUAUCCAGGACCCACAGCUCCUUCUCAGCUCAAAGUUUAUGACUGGCUCAAAGACAUACCAACCACAAAAGUUCAUAAUACAAAUAAAGACCAAUCUUCACCUGUGGCACACAAACAGCUGAAAGGUGAAUGGGCACCAAUAGUUUGUCGAAAAGUUCAAGAUCCAGAAAAAACAGUUGUAGUUACAGGAGAAUCAGGGGAAAGGACAGGCGUGUCAGUGGUGGUGUCAAAUCAACCACUUGUUGUUCCACAAAAACUGUAUUCAGGUCCAGAAAAAUCUGUGGUUCAAUCAACAGAUAACCAGCCAUCCUUUUCGACAGUUGCUCCUGAAACAGAUUUUCACCCAUCAAAGCAAUCAAUGAUGCAUUCCUUGACUUUGGGAGUCUCGCAAUCUUUAAAUCUCUCCCUGCCUCAGAAAUCCAUGCCACAGUCCUUGUCAAAAUUGGCACAAGAUCCAUAUUCACAAGGCAUUUCACCCCAAUCCCUUCCAACCACUACCUUGACACCAGAGGCAUAUCCUUUCUUCGAAUCCCUGCCAACAUCCACCCCUACACCAGAGACAUACUCCCAGAGCACUUUAUCCCAACCCUUGCCAAAGUUCACCUAUACUCAAGAGCCGUAUCCUCAAAGAAUCCCACCCCAAUCAGCAUUAAAUUUUACUGACACACAAGAGCCGUAUGCCCAAAGUGCCUUCCCCGAAUCCCUGUCAACAUCCACACUGACACCAGAGACCAAUCCCCAAAGCGAUUCACCCCAGCCUGUGCCAAUAUCCACUCAUAGAUCAGGGCCAUAUUAUCAAAAGAUCUCAUCCCAAUCUCUGUCAACAUCCAAUCUGACACAAGAGGCACAUCUUCAGACCGUCCCACAAGAAUCAUUACCAGAGGCACCAGGCAGGAUUAUUACCCAUGGCAGGAUAGCCAUCACAGGGUCAACAGCAACAGAUUCACAGUGUAGGAGCCGCCCGUUGGACCUGGUCUUCAUCAUUGACAGCUCACGUAGCGUGCGUCCAGGUGAGUUCGAGAAGGUCAAGAUCUUCCUGGCUGACAUGGUGGACACUCUUGAUGUUGGCCCCGAUGCCACACGUGUUGCAGUAGUGAACUACGCCAGCACGGUCAAAAUCGAGUUCCUGCUGAAAAACCAUCUUACGAAAGACUCUAUAAAGCAAGCCAUCAACCGCAUCGAACCCUUGGCAGCAGGCACCAUGACUGGUAUGGCCAUCAAGAAAGCCAUGGAUGAAGCCUUUACUGAAAAGUCAGGUGCGCGGCCUAAAUCAAAGAACAUCUCAAAGGUUGCCAUCAUUGUCACCGACGGACGUCCUCAAGACCAAGUCGAGGAGGUGUCGGCUGCAGCACGGGCGUCAGGGAUUGAGAUUUACGCCGUUGGAGUGGACAGGGCUGACAUGCGGUCACUGAAGCUCAUGGCCAGCAAUCCACUUGAGGACCAUGUGUUCUACGUGGAGACCUACGGUGUUAUUGAGAAGCUCACCUCGAAGUUUCGGGAGACAUUGUGUGGUAUGGACGCCUGUGCCAUGGGACAUGACUGUGAGCACAUAUGUGUCAGCAGUGGCUCCUCCUUUUACUGCAAGUGUCGGAAGGGCUAUAUUUUGAACGAAGACCAGAAAACAUGUUCCCUAAAACAGGUGAAGGUGGAGAUUGUUCAGGACCCUUGCAUGUGUGAGGCCCGACUGGCUUUCCAGAGGCAGACACAAACCUCCCUACAGGACCUCAACGCCAAACUUGCUGCUGUCAUAAGAAAGGUUGAGCAAAUGGAAAACAUGCUGGGACACAUGUAACGGAGCAACUAUUUGGUCCACACGUUCAGUGAGCUUUCAGCAGUCAUCAGCCAAGCUUAAUCACAAGCCACAGUGAUCUCAAGAACCUCUUUACGGCUUCAAAACACCUGGAAAACAGCUUCACAUAUGUUCACAGAUCACUGUCAAGUCCCAGAAAUUAAUAUUAAUUGUAUUCACAUAUAAAUGAGAGCUUAAAUAAUUGAUUGUGUAUGAUGAGUAAUGAUGUGCUUUUGCUCUCCAGAAAUGGUCAGUAGAAAUCUUUUCAUUUAAAAAGACUAAAUUAUGCAAUCUAUUGUAAUCUGUUUUGCUUCGGAUCAUUAUCUAAGGUGUACUUUUUAUUGCUCAUGUCAAAAAAGUUCAAUAUUAUUAUUGUUUAAUCUUAUGUAGACUCUCAAAUAUAAAUAAAGACAUACUGUAAUGUACAAUAUUUAUAAUCAAGCAGUUUAAUCAGUAAUAUUCAUUACAUUAA